AUGCGCCCAGUGCUAAUUAUCUCAUCUCUGGCGCUUCUCGCUGAGGCGCAAAAGGUGGGCGACCUGCAGCAAGAGAUCCAUCCGAAGCUCUCCUGGAAGCAAUGUACCAGCUCCGCCUGCGACACAGUCCAAGGUGAGAUCACCAUCGACGCAGAGUACCGCUGGAUCCACGUCGUCGACGACUGGCACAGCUGCUUUGAGCGCCAGGAAUGGCAGACGGACUACUGCAACUCGACGCAAUCGUGCACCGAGCGCUGUGCCGUCGACGGCGCCUACUACCCCGGCUACGGCAUCGUGACCAACGGCGAUUCCAUCUCCCAGCAAUAUGAGACGCCGAUCGAUUUCAGCAAGAGCCGAAACUCCAGGGUGUUCUUGAUGGAGGGGGGCGGGGAUAAGUAUCAGACGUUCUCGCUGCUUGGGAACGAGCUUGCGUUCGAUGUUGACUUGGGCACGGUGCCGUGCGGGUUGAAUGGCGCAUUGACGUUUUUGGCCAUGGACGCUGAUGGGGGGCUGGAGAGAUAUGAGGGGAAUGAGGCGGGUGCGAGGUACGGGACGGGGUAUUGUGAUGCGUCGUGUACGAGAUCGGUGAGAUUUGUCGGCGGUGAGGCUAACUUUGACGGUUGGCAUCCUUCCGCUUGGGAUCCUCUUCGAGGCGAGGGCAACCGCGGCGCAUGCUGUCCCGAGUUUGAUGUCUGGAACUCCAACUCCAGAGCUUUCCAGACGUCGUCCAAGAUAUGCAGCCGCAUAAACUCCUAUUCCGUUUGCGAAAACGAGGCUUGUGGCGAGGAACGCCUGCGGCAGUGCGACGGUGGCGGCUGCGAUUAUAACCCGUACAGGCUUGGUGUCACGGACUUUUACGGGAUCGGAGGGGACGUGGAUACGUCGAAGAAGUUUACAGUCGUCACUCAGUUCGCGGAGGACAAGAUCGCCAAGUUCUUCAUCCAGGACGGCAAGAGAAUCGAUGCUCCAUCCCCGGCUCUGCCGAACUUCCCUGACGCCAAUGGGUUGAGUAAGGAGUAUUGCCGGGCCAAGACCUGGCAGUUUAGUGAGCCGGAUACCUUUGAGGCUCUUGGAGGCGUGGCCCGCCAGAACGACAUCCUACGCCGGCCUAUGGUGAUGGCCUUGUCCAUCCAGGAUGAUUACUAUGCUUGGAACCUUUGGCUCGAUUCCACCUACCCCGUCGACAGAGGCAAUGAUCCUGGCGGAAUUCGGGGUCCUUGUCCAUGGCAGGAGAAUGACCCGAAUGACUUGGACACGCAGUGGGGUUGGUCGAAAGCCAAGAUCGCGUGGUCAAAUAUCCGCUUCGGGCCCAUUGGAUCUACCAUCGAUAUCUGA